AGUCGCCAGAGUAGACCAGGAACAAAGAUACAAAAAAGUGUAGGAAGAUAUUCCGAGGCUCUGAUUUUUACUGGAAAAUUCGAUUUAGAUUUUCUCUCCGAUUCUGUCUAUCCAAACGCACCCCAAGCCACUACGUUUCGCUUUCGAACAGAUCUGGGAGGCUAGGGUUGUCUUGGAGUGUGAAAAUGCAUCGACAGACUAGGUAUAUGGAGAGGACAAACAGCAUGACAAGGGGAAAAAGGAGUUUGGAAGCGGAAGAGGACCAGCAGCCUGAGCGAAAGCGGCCCGCUUUGGCUAGUGUAAUUCUAGAAGCUCUCAAGGUGGACAGUUUGCAGAAGCUUUGCUCGUCUUUGGAACCUAUUCUCCGCAGAGUUGUAAGUGAGGAAGUUGAACGUGCAUUGGCAAAACUAGGCCCUGCUAGACUUAGUGGGAGGUCUUCUCCAAAACGAAUUGAAGGUCCAGAUGGACGCAGCUUGCAGCUGCAGUUCAGGUCAAGGUUGUCUCUGCCUCUGUUCACGGGUGGAAAGGUAGAGGGAGAACAGGGUGCUGCCAUUCAUAUUGUUUUAGUAGAUGCAAAUACAGAACAUGUUGUUACAACUGGAGCUGAAGCCUCUGCAAAGUUAGAUGUUGUGGUGCUUGAAGGUGAUUUCAACAAUGAGGAUGACGAAGAAUGGACCCAAGAAGAAUUUGAGAGUCAUGUGGUGAAAGAGCGUGAAGGAAAGAGGCCCCUUUUAACUGGAGACCUGCAGGUUACUCUCAAAGAGGGGGUAGGAACAUUGGGAGAUCUCACUUUCACUGACAAUUCAAGCUGGAUAAGAAGCAGAAAAUUCAGGCUCGGAUUGGAGGUUGCUUCUGGAUUUUGUGAGGGCAUUCGCAUUCGUGAAGCAAAGACAGAAGCUUUUACUGUCAAGGAUCACAGGGGUGAAUUGUACAAGAAGCACUACCCACCUGCAUUGAAUGAUGACGUAUGGAGAUUGGAAAAGAUUGGGAAGGAUGGAUCAUUCCACAAGAGGCUGAAUGACGCAUCAAUAUACACAGUUGAAGACUUUUUGCGUCUUGUGGUCAGGGAUUCUCAAAAAUUAAGAAACAUUCUUGGAAGCGGUAUGUCAAAUAAGAUGUGGGAUGCUCUCCUAGAGCAUGCAAGAACUUGUGUUCUUAGUGGUAAGCUUUAUGUUUACUAUCCUGAUGUUUCAAGAAAUGUUGGUGUUGUCUUCAAUAACAUCUACCAGCUGAACGGUCUUAUCACUGGGGAACAAUACAUGCCUGCUGACUCUCUUGCUGAUGACCAGAAGCUCUAUGUAGAUACGUUGGUGAAAAAAGCCUACGACAAUUGGGAUCAAGUUAUAGAAUAUGAUGGCAAGUCACUGGUUAGUUUCAAACAGAAUAGGAGGUCAAGUGCUCGAAAUGAACUUCCAAUGGGUACAUUAGAGUUGUCAAAUGUGUUGGAUCAUCAGCUGCAGCUACCUCGGUUGCCUGUUUCGGCUCCUAAUGAGCAGUUGCAUUCAAGCCUACCUGUUGGAGGGUAUAAUGAUAAUCUAGGAACCAGAUAUCCAGGCCAGGGCCAGCUAAUGAAUGGCGCUUCCUUUGUGCCACAUGAACAGCAGCUGGUUAGCAAUGCUCCCCAAUCACAAAGCACAAGAAAUGAUAGCAAUGUUGUUGGGCUUGCUCUUGGUCCUCCACAAUCAUCUACCUCAGGUUUCCAAAAUGUUGGCUCCUCUGGACAGCCAUCUAAUAUCAAUCCCUUUGAUGAUUGGUCACACAACAGGGACAAUGGAGUUGAUGAGUACUUUGCAGAGGAAGAGAUUCGCAUCAGAAGUCAUGAAAUGCUUGAGAAUGAAGAUAUGCAGCACAUGCUCCGGCUCUUCAGUAUGGGUGGCCAUGCCUCUAUGAAUAUGCCUGAAGAUGCGUAUACAUUCCCACCUUACGUGGCAUCUCCAAUGCCAAACUUUGAUGAAGAUCGCUCACGUCCUGGCAAAGCUGUUGUUGGAUGGCUGAAGAUUAAGGCAGCAAUGAGGUGGGGAUUCUUUAUAAGGAAGAAAGCAGCUGAGAGACGGGCACAGCUUGUUGAGUUAGAGGAAGAAGAAUAGUAGUCUGCUUUAUUUUUUGUGGGGGACAACCCUCUCCCUGCAUGACUUGUUGUUAGGAUGCCACUAGAACUCCUUUAAUGCCUGCCCACGCUUGAGGUUCUGAUCGUGGAAAUUACUGGCUUCAGACCCCGUGACGACCUCUAAUCAGGUAUUGGGAAUAUCUUCUUGUACAGUUUCCUGUACAGAGUUGUUUCUUUAGUUUUCUUUCCUAGCAAUCUCCUCCUGUACUACCCCUUUUCCCAUUGGUUUGUCUAUGAUAUCUGCAUUCGGUUCGACGUAUAAUUAACUUCUAAAUGUAUGGUCCCUUCCCUCGACUUGGUAGAAGUGAAAUUCCAGAUACAUUGGGUGUGACUUUCCUCGAACCAUGAAAUUCCAAUUAAUUGUUGUAUGCGAA